CGAACCACCAUCACACUUACACUAUGCCGUCUGGCCGCGACCGCUACAGAGACCUUUCGCGCUCUCGUUCACCCGCAAGGGAUCAUGACCAGGACCGUAGCAGGGAUAGUCGAAGUCGUCGCAAGCGCGACUCCCGUUCUCGCUCGCCGGACACAACACGUCUUCCACCUGGUGUUGACCCUAUCUCGGAGUCGGACUACUUCCUGAAGAACACGGAGUUCAGAGCGUGGCUCAAAGACGAAAAGGACAGGUAUUUCGAUGAGCUCUCGGGUGAAAAGGCUAGGAGCUAUUUCCGGAAAUUUGUGAAGGCUUGGAACAAGGGCAAACUACCAGAUUCCUUGUACGACGGCUCAACCACCGACGCGCCAUUCUCGGCCAACCAAACCGCAUCCAAGUGGUCCUUCACCUCCAAGACCUCAUCAGCCGAUGCUUCCGCCCUCCGCGCCAUCCACGAUGAAGUUAACACAGCCACUCACGGCUCGCGGUCUUCCCGCACCGGUGCAUUCGGUUCAGCAUCAGCGGCCGGCAGCGGCCGGCGGCAGGGCCCCACCCUGCCGUCUGCGGAGGACGCGAUCCUCGCGCGCGAAGCCGCGGUGGAGGAUGCGGCCGCUGAGAGGGACUACAAGCGCAAGCGCGACAAGAAAGCAGCGAAGGACCGCGUUGAGGAUGCAAUUGGGCCUAAGGAGGUUGGGCGCGAGGGCAUGCUAGAGAAGAAGCGCGCGCAGAGGGACAACGACCGUGCGUUCCGGGAGAAGGGAGACGAGGGCCUCGAGCUUGAUGAGGGCACGCUUAUGGGAGGUGGGGAUAGCUUCAGGGAUCAGAUUGCUCGCCGUGACGCUGCUCGGAAACGGUUCGAGGACAAGAAAGUGGGUGAUAGGGCUGUUGCUGGUGAGCGCAGCGAGGCUUUGCGCCAGAAGGAAAAGGCAACGAUGGAUAUGUUCCAGCAGCUUGCGAAGCAGCGUUUCGGGUAAACAUUAUUGCAACGUAUGUUAAGCAUGACUAUGAUGUGGUCAAUGUAUAUGCACCUUUCUAACAACUCUUGCC